AUAAAAUUUGUCCGAAAGUGAAACCGAGUUGUGUGACGCCAAGAAAUAAGAAAAUUAAGAUAUUACGUUUAUAACUACUUUAUAUAGAAAGCAAUAUAUAUGUAAAUAAUACGUGCUAUGUAUACAAAUGCAUGUAUAUACAUAUGUACACACGUGGAUGAACGCGAACGAAAAGUCGUAGAACGUUGUUGUUUUCUUUCUUACGCGUUCAGUGUUUACUGAUCCUUCGACUUUUCACGUUCCUUUGACAUUCAAUAAUGCUUGUACGACAGUCAUUGCAAAUCAAGAAAUUUCUAAAUGUUAGAUCAAAUUAUUUAUUAAAAAGGAACACGCAACAGACAACGAAAUCCAAAGAUGAAUAUAACCUAGAAACUGUUUUUUCACCUCAUAGAGAGAAAAAGCCGGAAAAAGAACAAUUUCUGAAGAGUUUAAUCUUAGGAAAGUUUGAUCAAAGUAUUCUCAGUUAUCCUGAAGCGCAACCUUUUCAUAGAUAUAAAGAAUUUUUUAACUGGUUGAAGCCAAUUGAAGAUUAUAUUUCAAGUUGUACUGACCCAAAUAAAAAGUUGGAUAAAGAAAACCUUCUGGGAUAUCUCAGGGAUCUCGAGGUAUUUCGAGCUUACGUUGACGAAGAAAACGGUGGUUUAAAUCUGUUGGAAACAGAAUCGUUAAAACUUAUAGAAACACUUAGUACGAUACCAUGGUUGGGUACCUAUAUAGUAAAAAAUCACAUCACACCCAUACAAAUAAUUUCAAAGUAUGGCUCAGCCAGCCAGAAACUUGAAUAUUUACCAAAAAUUAUGAGUGGUGAAAUUAUUCCUACAGUAUGUAUUAAAGAAGAUAAUAAUAUGACAAAUAUUAAUAAUAUCAAAUGUGAAGCUGUGCCAACCGAAGAAAAUUCUUGGUCAUUAAGUGGUAAAAAAUCAUUUGUUGUUAAUGGAACGAAUGCCAAUCUUUUCUUCGUCUUUGCACAUAGUCUAACAGGAAAUAUUUAUAGCCGAGAAUCAAUAUCUCUGUUUCUGGUUGAAAAAAAAUUUGGAGGUGUAACUUGUACUGAAGUACAUGAAACAAUUGGACGUCAUGAUAUACCCACAUGUACAAUAAGAUUUGAAAAUACAUUGAUACCUAAUAAAAAUGUAAUUGGUGAACCCGGCAAAGCACUUGACCUGAUGUUAGACUUGUUAACACCUGGAAGACAAAAUAUAUCUGCACAGGCUAUUAGUAUUUUACGAAAUUUCAUAAACAAAUUAACAACAGAUGUCACAGAACUAGAGCACUUUGAUAGAAAUUACCAUGAGUUUGGUGCUGUAAAAAAAGUAAUAUCUGAUUCAAUGUUUUCUUUGUAUACUAUGGAAAGUAUGGCAUAUCUCACAAGUGGAUUAGCAGAUGCAUAUGAAAAUGCAGAUGUUCAACUUGAAAGAAUCAUUACUGAAACAUAUUGUGCAAAUCAAUGUUUGAAAGGCAUUCAAUUAGGAUUACAAUUGGUGGGUGCACAGAGUUACCUAAACAACAGUUUUUAUAUACAAUCAUUUCAUGAUGCCUUAGCUUUAACAACAAUGGAUUCAAACAAUGUGGAUGCAAGUGUAUAUGUAGCUACAAAUCUCUUCAAACAUUUGGGACAAUUUGUGCAUAACCAUGUAUAUAAAAAGCGAAAUGCUUCUAAAUUUCCUAUUUUUGCUAUUAUAUCAGAUUUCUUAAACUUAUCUGCAUCUAAGAUAGAAAUUAAAGCCAAUGUUCAUCCAUCAUUGAAAUUAGCUGGUUAUUUUCUUGAAGAAGCUAUUAAAUCAUUUAAUCAAGUUACUCAAACACUACUUGAGCGCCAUGGAGCAAAUAUUGUAAAGCACCAAAUAGAACUCAUCAGAGUCACUGAAAUGUUGACAGAGAUAUAUGCAGGAAUUGCUAAUUUAUCACGUUCAUCAAGAUCAUAUUGUAUCGGUCUUCGAAAUGGAGAGAUUGAAAAAAGUAUGACAGUGUGUUUGUCAUAUGGUUUGAUAAAAAAUGUGACUACUAUUAAAAAAGAAAUUGAAGAAGAAGAAUCAUUGAAUGCAGAUUAUGUUCGUGUAAAUAUGAGUGAUACGGCAUACCAACAACGUAAAUAUCCGUUGGAACAUCCUUUAAGUAGGACUCUUUAAAUGACUAACCAAUACAAUGCAGAGAUUUCAUUGCAUUUUAAUUUUACAUUACUAUUUAUAAAUCGGCUUUCAUAGUUGAAAUAUACAUACACAUGUAUAUAUACAUAAACGAAUUUUGUUGAUAUAAUGCUGUAUAAAUAAAUACAAUAAAUUAUAGAAUAAGUAAACAUAUUUCCAUUAAAGUUUCUGUAUUUAUGUAUGAAUAGCAAUGUACAGUUUUUCUUAAACUACAUAAAAAUAAAAUAACUUUCACAACUG